CAAUCUCAAACAUCUUUACGUGAGGAGGGUCGGUGGAGAGUACGAAAAACAUGGCCAUGGCUCCCCAGAGCUGCUGGAGGUGCCUGCUUAGGCCCUCGGUGGCCACCCCAUUGCCAGUAUCGACGAGGCAACUCGCCCCUGCGACCGCGAUAAUACCGUCCACGACGAUGACGACGACCACCGCCAAGACGACGGCAGCCACCAAUAACACUAAGUCAGGCGGGCACCAGCGCACGGGCAAGCGCAUGAAGCUCUCCAAGUUCAAGAACAAGAAGGAUAUAGCGCGGCACAAGACGCCCGGCCUCGGCGAGCGCAAGGCCCUGCGAAAGCGCAUCGUCCUCUCCAACAACAACGCGAUUCCUGUGCGCGGGCUGGACGUCAUGACCAGCCAGAGGCUCGCGGACCGCGAGAGCGCGGGCAAAAUGCUCAAGAUCCCUGACGGGCUGAUUGAUCCGCUGCGCGCAGUCGAGGCCUUCAAGUCCAGCCAGACCUGGGGCCUGUUUCACAGCCCCCACAUGUUGGUGCGGCCGGAGACAGUGACAGUGUGCGAGAGGAUGCAGCAGGCCGCCAGGGACGGGACGACGGCGAGGUUGGUCAUCUCUGGAGAGAGGGCGGCUGGGAAGAGCAUGGUGCUAUUGCAGGCCAUUGUGAACGCCUUCUUGAAUAAGUGGGUGGUCAUAAACAUCCCAGAGGCCCAGGAACUCACAACAGCCUGCACUGACUACGCGCCCAUCCCGGACACCAACCCUGAGCAGUGGAUGCAGUCCGUCUACGCGCUUAAGCUGAUGCAAACCAUCCUCAAAGCCAAUCGCGACGUCCUCGAGAAGAUCUACACGACCCGCUCGUACGAGGAGUUCACCAACCCCGUCGCUGAGGGCGCCACCCUCGUCACCCUCAUCGAGUCUGCCCGCGAGUCCGACCAGGCGUGGCCCGUCUUCUCUGCUCUGUGGCACGAGCUCUUCGUCGCCAAGGCAGAUAGCGUUGGCACCCCCCGCCCGCCCGUCCUGUUCGCCGUGGACGGCCUGGCCUCUCUCAUGCGCGUCUCCGACUACCGCAACCAGGCCUUCGAGCCCAUCCACAGUCACGACAUCGCCAUCGUGCGCAUGUUUGUCGAUGUUCUCUCGGGCCGGACUCCGCUGCCCAACGGCGGCGCCGCCAUCGCCGCCACCUGCAGGAGCAACGCUGCCCGCAACCCCAGCAUGGAGCUCGCUAUCAACCGGCAGCUCGCCAAGCAGACCGGCGCUGCGGACGCGGACCUGCCGCCGCGGGAUGCCUACUGCCGCAAGUACGACCCGCGUGUGGACGAGGUCAUGGAGGGCACGGGCCUGGAGGUUGUGAAUGUCAGGGGGAUCGGCAAGGUGGAGGCGAGGGCCCUCAUGGAGUACUGGGCCGCCAGCGGGCUCCUGCGGGCGCAGGUGGACGAGAGGACCGUCAGCGAGAAGUGGAUGACGGGCGGCAACGGGAUCAUUGGCGAGAUGGAGAGAGCUGGGCUGUUGAGUCUGCGGCUGUAAAGAUAUGUUGUACAUAGCAAGUGGAGGAGGAAGAUGAAAAGUUCUAUGGGCUUGGUCAAUCAAACGAAAUUCAUUGAC